GACCGAUUCAAAGUUCUAAAUCCCACAAGCGAAAAUAGAAUUUUACAACGCAUAAGUUAAGACCCCUAAGAACUGAGUUGAAGAAACCUCUGUGCCAUUGGAUGCUUGGCUUCAGAGAGUUUAUCAGGCUUGAGAACUUCAACAAUUUCACCAUCAACAAGCAAACAGACUAUGUCAGCAAUCCUCUGGAUUUGUUUGAUGCUAUGAGAGACCAUGAUCACUGUUAUGCUCCGAUUCUUGUUCAGCUUCAUCAGGGCAUCCUCUAUGUUUUCCGUGGAUAUUGGAUCCAACGCACUAGUUGGCUCAUCCAGCAGCAAAACCUUAAAAAAAAAAGUUCCAAAUAAAAAACAUAAAUACAAACACAAACUAUAUAUAUAUAUACACUACAGUGUUGUUGUUACCUCUGGUGAAUUAGCUAAGGUCCUGGCAAGUGCUACUCUUUGAGCUUGACCCACAGAGAGUUCAGCCCCGGAUUUAUCCAUGAAAGAAGCAUCUAGGUCCGCCAUUAUCAGCAACUUGCGCACCUCAUCAUCGGUUAGCUUUUUCCCUCUCAGUUGUGGUCCAUAUCUCACAUUGUCUGCAACCGUGCCUGAAUAAGAGAUACCCUCCCACGUUAGUGCCACGUUCAAUUCAAAACAAAAACGAAAAACUCAGAAGAAUUCUAAAUUUCUUCCAAAUCGUAGGGUCUAAUUAAGAUUACUGAGUUGAAAGAAAAGGGUGUAUGAAAAUGAAUAAAAGUUGUGACCUUCGAAGAGAGCAGGGAGCUGAAAGAGCAUCCCAACCUUACGACGGAGGGAGAGAACGUCGUGAUCGCAGAUGUCGGCGCCGUCGAGGAAGACGGAGGAGGAGGGUGGCUCCCAGAGACGGUUCAAGGCCCUUAACAGCGUUGACUUGCCGCUUCCACUGGGACCUAUGACACCCACGAUGACACCUUUGGGGAUGUCAACGUUAAUGCCUUUGAGAAUGAGAACACCAUCAUCAGAAACUCUGGUCAGAUUUCUUAUCUUGAAUUUGGGCUUUGCGAGGUCCGUGCCAUUUCCAUUGGCGUAGCCAUCCACAUCCAAUAAGUGCUCUGUGCAAUCAUCUGUCAAAAACAACAAACCAGUGAGUGAGGGUAAGUUGAAAUGAAAUGAAAUGAAGAAUUGGGUUCUAAGGUGAAGAUGUUUGUGAUUGAAUGGUUGAAGGUUUACCUAAGGGAGAAGACAUAGUUUGAUGUGAGGCAGAGAGAAUGAGAAUGAGAAUAAAAAGGAUGAGAUGGCAUAUGAAUGAAUGAAUUGGUGAGAGCAGAAACAACCUGCCCCGGUCAAGCCAGAUUCUAACCCCCACUUCAACACUAGAUGAGUUCUCCCCUGCAUCUGCAACACUCAUUCUUUUAUUGUUAUUUUAAUAUUGCUCAAAUAUAGAUUUUGUUUUUAUUUACAUAUUUUUAUUGCAACAGCAACUUUAUCUGAUGUUUUUAAGAUAGUUAACUGUUUAAAAACACUAAUUUAAAUAUACCACCUUUGAAUAAAUUACCAUAAAAUAUUUUUUAUUAAUAUAAUUGCUUAUAUGUUAUGAAGGUCCAAGUCCAAGAAGUAAUUGGGCUAGCCCAAAAGGUAAGACUUAAGAUGAUGAAUUUCUUGAAAAAAAGAAAAAGAUGAUGAGUUAAGUAUGCUGAGUUGGCAGGUUCCUAGUGGUGAAAGGGGCAGAAGAAACGUGGCAAUGACAAGGCAGCAAUAAGAACAUGAUUGUAAUUCCAGAAAUGCCCCUGCGUUUUGCAUCCUCUCCCAAAUCGUUUUGCGCACUGAGAUUGUAACCCUUACGACACAGUAAUAACAAACAAUGCAGAACGCGAAGCUCUUCUUCCUCUCUUUCUCUCUCCUCACUCUCUCUCUCUCCGUCGCCGCACGCCCCUUCGUCCUCGUUCUCUCUCAAGAAGACUUCAAAGACGACGCUCCCUCCGAUCCCGAUUCUGCCGCCGAGUGGGACGAGUUCGGCGACUCUGACACCCACAAAUCCGAAGACGACCUCGACCCUGGCUCAUGGCGCCCAAUCUUCGAACCUUCCUCCGGAGACCCCCAACCGUUAUCAGAAUCCGAGGCCAUGUAUUACUCCGCCGUCGAGAAGCUAUUGUCCGCCGACGCCACCGUCAUCGAGGAAGGCGCCGGGGAGAUCGAAACUGCUGCUGAAUCUGGCUACCCGCCCGCGCAAUCGGUGUUAGGGUUUUUGUGGGGAAUGGGGCUUUUGAGAGAGAGAAGCAAGGGAAAGGCCUUUCUCUACCACCAUUUCGCCGCUGAAGGUGGCAAUAUGCAGUCGAAGAUGGCUUUGGCUUAUACGUACACGCGCCAAGAUAUGUUUGAAAAAGCUGUUAAACUCUAUGCUGAAUUGGCUGAAGUUGCGGUGAAUAGUUUUUUGAUUUCGAAAGAUUCGCCGGUUAUUGAACCCGUUAGGCUUCACAAUGGAGCUGAGGAGAACAAGGAAGCGCUUAGAAAAUCCAAGGGGGAAGAGGAUGAUGACUUUCAGAUACUGGAGUAUCAGGCACAGAAAGGGAAUGCUGCUGCCAUGUAUAAAGUUGGUCUCUUUUAUUAUUUUGGAUUGAGGGGAUUGAGGCGUGAUCAUUCGAAGGCGCUCUCUUGGUUUUUGAAGGCUGUGGAGAAGGGAGAGCCGCGCUCUAUGGAGCUUCUUGGAGAGAUCUAUGCUAGGGGAGCUGGUGUUGAAAGAAACUACACCAAAGCCUUUGAGUGGCUCACGCUUGCUUCUAGACACCGCUUGUAUUCUGCUUAUAAUGGGAUGGGCUAUUUGUAUGUCAAAGGCUAUGGCGUCGACAAGAAGAAUUACACUAAAGCUAAAGAGUAUUUUGAAAAGGCUGCUGACAAUGAAGAGGUUGGCGGACACUAUAACCUGGGUGUCAUGUAUCUCAAGGGGAUUGGAGUGAAAAGAGAUGUUAAGUUGGCAUGUACGUACUUUGUGGUGGCUGCCAACCAUGGUCAACCAAAGGCAUUCUACCAGCUGGCUAAGAUUUUCCAUAUUGGUGUUGGGUUCAAGAAGAAUAUUCCCUUGGCUACUGCAUUGUACAAACUAGUUGCAGAGCGGGGUCCAUGGAGUUCUUUGUCUAGAUGGGCUCUAGAAUCAUACUUAAAAGGUGAUGUUGGCAAGGCAUUUAUGCUCUAUUCAAGAAUGGCUGAGAUGGGCUAUGAGGUGGCACAAAGUAAUGCUGCUUGGAUUCUUGACAAAUAUGGGGAACGAAGCAUGUGCAUGGGUGAAUCUGGAUUUUGCACUGAUGCAGAAAGGCAUCAGCGGGCACAUUCUCUGUGGUGGCAAGCCUCUGAGCAGGGUAAUGAACAUGCUGCUUUACUCAUUGGAGAUGCGUAUUACUAUGGUCGGGGUACUGCCAGGGAUUAUGAUCGAGCUGCUGAGGCCUACAUGCAUGCAAAAUCACAAUUCAAUGCACAAGCCAUGUUCAAUCUUGGCUACAUGCAUGAGCAUGGCCAAGGACUUCCAUUUGAUUUUCAUCUAGCAAAGCGUUACUAUGAUGAGGCUUUAGAGCAUGAUCCUGCAGCGAAGUUGCCAGUUACACUUGCUCUUACAAGCUUGUGGGUUCGUAAGAACUAUGCAGACAGUUUCUUGGUUCAUAUGAUUGAUUCAUUGCCAGAAGUCUAUCCUAAAUUGGAAGCUUGGGUGGAGAAUGUGCUUUUGGAGGAAGGAAAUGCUACAAUUCUCACUCUCUUUGCAUGCCUGCUAACUGUGCUCUAUCUCCGUGAGAGGCAGCGCAGGCAAGCUGCUGUUGUAGCUGCAGAGGGGGCCCAGCCAAAUCGCCCUAACGAACUAGGCGUUCCCGCACCCAUGUAGUUCAUGGCACCGCUAGUUUUCACAAGGUACAAGAAGACUCUCGAUGGUGUCGAUGUCAUGUGCUAUAUAUUUUACAAGGUGUCAGGUUUUCCUUCCUUUUAGGUGGAAACAGUUUUCUAGCUGUAGGCCAAAUUGUACCAUAGUGAAACUUAUAGUGGUGGAAAUAAGUGCAUUUGUAGAUAACUAGAUAUUCAUUUGUAAGCUAGGAACACGCAUUUCACACCUGUUCGUUUACCCCAAGAAAUGAGAGCCGAAGAUGCAUACAGUGUUGUAAGAUUUUGUAUCUCUUACGGUAGACAUAAGAGAACUUACUAACCAGCACAGAACCUCAUUUGAGUGUUAAAGAUGUUACUUUAGCCCAAAUUUUUCUGCUUGCGAUUGGCAUGAUUUCAAUCACAAAAAUAAAUAAACGGAAUAAUAAAUUGAU